AGGACAGCUGGGUCCUUCUGAUUCUGCAAAAGAUCAGGGUGUCUGCUAUCAACAUCUGCUUGGAGGCAACGGUGCCCCUUGCCGUUAUCUGUCAAGUUCUUUCGGCGCCUUGGGCAUGAGGUCAAUGGACUCUGGAUCCGGCUUGUGUUUGCAGCGGAAGAAGGACAAAAGGAGCCCUAGGCACUACGGAAGCGGUGAAAUGGAGGCAUAUGGCAGUUAGAUCCCCAAAUGCCCCAGGAGACCUUGGUUUGUGUGGUGUCCUUGUAUGGUGUGUUGGAAAACUGUACUUUAUUUUUGGUAAUUUCCUGUUAAGGAACCUUUUCAUUGGACUAUUCAGGUUUCUGUUGAAGAAAAAGAACAUUUUUAAAUUGUGAGGAUGGAAAAAUGAGAUUUUUUACAAGAGAAUGUCUGUUUAAUAAGCAAUGGCUUUUCAUUGAGAAAAAUCAUGAAAGAACAUUUUCAGAUUAACUGUCUUCCAUGAAUGACUUUCAUUUUAAUUUUGCUUGAUCUUUAAUUAAAACUAAAAGCCGAAACAUCUCUACUGAGAGGCAGAUUUAUGUUGAAUCUUCAUCUGGUUGCUCUAGGCAGCUUUUGGUGUAAUUACCUCCACAAUCCCGUUUUUUAUCUUUUAACAGUAUAUUAAUUAGGGACCAACUCAUUUCUUUAUUCAUCCGAAACUCUCCUGGUACCCAGAGAAAAUAAGGAAGAUAUUAGCCAUGCCACCUGGGCCCCUGCUUUUGAUUUUGGAGGAAGGUUCGCUGCUUCGACAAGCGCGACGGAGACAUUGCAGAAAGGCUUCAGAGCAUGAACUUGUCAUGCAGCCUUGGGUACCUCCAGCUUCUUUGGAACGGGGGAAUAUCACACAGGAGACACAUCAAGGAGCUAAAGACAUGAAAAACGCCCGGAGCAGAUGGAUGCUGCGAGGGAUCUGUUCACAGGCCGGUCGUGCCAUUGCGUUAAUGCAGACCUCUGCCCUCUUCGAGGACGUGUCUCACAGGGAUGUCACACCUCUGCCCGCAGAGCAACCCACUCGCCUCGGCAGAAUUGCAAAGACUUUCCUCUCCCUCAAAGAUGUUUUGCCAAAAUGAGUACCAGUGCAAACAGCCCUGCCUUCCUCCUGCUGCCUUCUGGCUGAGGAGUUUUCCCCAACAAAACUGUGUGGAUUCCUGUGGCUCUGUCUGUAACGUCCAGCGCUUUACUCGGUGCGUGGAGCCGAGUUGCUACAGUGGAGUUACUCAGGCCACCACCAAGUAUGUGGACCUGUGUGGUAAUGUUGGCCUGACACAGUCUGCCAGGUGUGUGGACCCAUGCAGCUGUGUGGGCCCUCGGUACACGACCACCUGUGUGGAUCCGUGCUGUGGUGGAGUGACCAAGUGCACCACGACAUGUGUGGACCCGUGCUGUGGAGCGGUGACCAGAUGCAACACCACGUGUGUGGAUCCGUGCUGCGGCAAAGCCACCAAGUGUGUAACCAAGUGCGUGGACCCAUGCUGUAGCAAAGCCACCAAAUGCACCACCACGUGUGUGGAUCCAUGCUGUAGCAAAGCCACCAAAUGCACCACCACGUGUGUGGAUCCAUGCUGUGGAGCUGUAACCAAGUGCACCACCACGUGUGUGGAUCCGUGCUGUGGCAAAGCCACCAAGUGUGUAACCAAGUGCGUGGAUCCGUGCUGUGAGGAAGUCACCAAGUGCACCACCACGUGUGUGGACCCAUGCUGUGGAGCUGUGACCAAAUGCACCACCAAGUGUGUGGAUCCGUGCUGUGGCAAAGUGACCAACUGUGCCACCACAUGUGUCGAUCCGUGCUGUGGGGAAGUCACCAAAUGCACCACCACGUGUGUGGAUCCAUGCUGUGGGAAAACCACCAAGUGCGUAACCAAGUGCGUGGACCCAUGCUGUAGCAAAGUUACCAAGUGUGCCACCACAUGCGUGGAUCCGUGCUGUGAGGAAGUCACCAAAUGCACCACCACGUGUGUGGAUCCGUGCUGUGGCAAAGCCACCAAGUGUGUAACCAAGUGUGUGGACCCAUGCUGUGGCAAAGCCACCAAAUGCACCAGCACGUGUGUGGAUCUGUGCUGUGAGGAAGUCACCAAAUGCACCACCAAGUGUGUGGACUCAUGCUGUAGCAAAGCCACCAAGUGCACUACCACAUGCGUGGACCCAUGCUGUGGUGAAGUGACCACGUGCACCACCACGUGUGUGGACCCGUGCUGUAGCAAAGCCACCAAAUGCACCACCACGUGUGUGGACCCAUGCUGUGGAGCUGUGACCAAAUGCACCACCAAGUGUGUGGAUCCGUGCUGUGGCAAAGCCACCAAGUGUGUAACCACGUGUGUGGACCCAUGCUGUGGGGAAGUCACCAAAUGCAACACCACGUGUGUGGAUCCGUGCUGUGGGAAAGCCACCAAGUGCGUAACCAAGUGCGUGGACCCGUGUUGCGGGGGCGUUCAGGCUGCUACCAAGUGUGCGGAUUCCUGCGGCACGGUCAGCGUCACGCAGGCCACCUCCCAGUGCGUGGACGCGUGCACCCCCGCCUGUCCCCAGGUCUGCGCCAUCCGCUGUGCCGAUGUCUGCUGUCGCAAAUGCAUGGCUCCUUGAGGCACUGCGUGUGCGCGGGGAUCAAAUGAGGAUGGUUUGCAGACCUCUGUGCUAAUUAACUUCUUCCUCUUGCCUUUGCUUUCUAGUGCCCUUCUUGUCCUAGGAAAGGGGGAAUCUUCCUGUAUUUUUUCUUACAUUUUUACAUAAUUUCUGCUAUAUUUACUUAAAGCACGAUGCCUUUUCUUGUAACUCGUAACUAGAUGACCUUGUACCCCCGGGAAUAUUGUGUAUGCCUGGGAGACCGAUCCUGUAAUUCUUCUGCUCUGCACUGAGACGGAUGGAGGAAUUUCUCCUUUUGAUUUUUUUUUCCAUCUUUGUAUUUUCCUGUAGAUACGAAGCAAUAAAAACUAUUGAUCUUGGCAUCAA